AUGGAUUACAAUAGCCGACAACUUGCGGAAGAUUAUUUUCUUCGAGUGCCGGCUGACGCUCGAAUAAGAAAACCUAAAGAUGAAGUGGAAGAUGAUCCUCAUCCUAACCUUAAGGUUGAAAUGCAAACAGUUCGUCUUAACGCUGAUUCACAAAAGCUUGUUUUAGAAACAUUAAGGUUUAUCCAUGGCCCUGAUUUUAAAUUAGGCAGUGCUAGCUUGUAUAAGGAUAAAGGUUCUAAUCUCAGUAAUAGGUAUUGGAUGGAAAGAGGUAACCUAGUGGUUCGAGGUGGCUGUGAUUAUUCUCUUACUGCUAAACCAGAUAUUAAGUCCUCUGAGGCUAGAUUAAGGGAAUUUGCAUUGUUAAAAUUAGAAAAAUAUAGUUUUCAUAAGGCACAUUGUGCAGAAGCUUUAGAAUAUGCAGCAGAAAAUGUUGAAAAGGCAUUAGAAAUUCUAUUUAUAAAAUAUUUAAAUGUCACUGAAAAUAAAAAACCAGAAAAUGUUCCUACACAAACUGAGUUGUUAGAAAUGAGAAUGGAUGAAAAAGCAGUACUUGAAUCUAUUUAUGAAAACAGCUUUAAAGUUAAGGACUCUAAUAUAUGGACAGUGACCUUAAAAUUAGACUAUAUAACUAAAUUAUAUAAAAACCAACAACCUCAGGUUGUUAAAAAAAAGGAAAAUACAAACACAAAUUUUAAAACGAAAAAGAAAGAAGCAUGUAAACUGUUCUUACGAGGCUCUUGCAGGUUUGGUGCUAAAUGUAAAUUUUCACAUGAAACAGUUGAAGUUAAAACUAGUGAAACUCAAACUAAAGAUAAUGAAAAUAUUUCUUAUGAAUUAGAAAUAAGAUUUACAGAUGAUACUUUAUAUCCUUAUCAGCCCCCUUUAAUAUUUUUCAAAUUGGGCCAAAGUACAGACUUGAUACCAGAGGUUACUUGUUUAAAAGUAACUGCUAGAUUGUAUGAAGAAGCCAAAAUAUUAUCUCAAGAUGGUAUACCAAGUAUAUACUCUUUAGUUGAAUUAUUAAAUAACGAAGAAGAUAUAGUGAAUUUUAUAAAAUUUGAUACAAGAACAUUUCCUGAUGCUUCAGAAGCAUUAUUCCCGCAGUUGUUAGAAAACAAUGAUUUAGAAAAACAAAACUUACCGUCUCAUUACAAAAAGGGUGCUGCUAGAGAAAAUAGGGCUGAUGUUAAUUUUGAUGAGAUUUUAAAAGAAAAUAGUGAAUUAGCAAAAUGGUGGGCGGAGAAAAGAGAUAAUAAUAGGUAUAAUAAAAUGAUGUCAAGUAGAAGAAAUCUCCCUGCAUGGCAGAAGAGAAAAGAAAUUUUAGACGCAAUGAAAAAAUCUCAGGUAAUAGUUAUAAGUGGUGAAACAGGCUGUGGUAAAAGUACACAAGUACCUCAAUACAUAUUGGACGAUUGGCUAAAUAAUUUUAAUAAGGGUAGUAGAGACCAUGUAGAGAUAGUUUGCACUCAGCCAAGAAGGAUAUCGGCCAUUGGAGUGGCUGAUAGGGUAGCGGAGGAAAGGGUUGAGAAAACAGGACAAGUUGUUGGGUAUCAGAUAAGAUUAGAAAGCAAAAUAUCUUCAAAGACCCGUCUAACAUUUUGUACAACGGGUAUAUUGUUAAGACGAUUAGAAUAUGAUCCACAGUUAAAGUCUGUCACUCAUAUCAUUGUCGAUGAAGUACAUGAAAGGUCUGAAGAGAGUGACUUUCUUUUACUCAUUGUGAGGGAUUUGAUUAAAGUAAGAAAGGAUUUGACAGUUGUUCUAAUGAGUGCAACAUUGAAUGCUGAUUUAUUCUCUGAAUACUUUAGUAAAGUGCCGGUUUUGGAAAUACCAGGGAGAACUUUCCCUGUCGAGCAAUUAUUUUUAGAUGAUAUAAUGGAUAUGACGAAUUAUGUUUUGGAAGAAAACGGACCAUAUGCUCGUAAAGUUAAAAAAGGGGAAAAGAAACAAGAUUUUGAAACAGAGCUAGAAACGUGUGAUGUUCGAUCUGAAGCAACAGAGCCGCCUAAAACGAAUAUACGAGAUGAACAUCUAAAUAUAUCACAAAUGGUAGCGAGAUACCCAAAGUGUAGUAAAACUGCGUGUAAAAAUUUAUAUGUAAUGGAUACUGAAAAGAUAAACUUAGAUCUCAUAGAACAUGUCUUAACAUAUUUAGUAGAAGGUGACCAUAAUUGGCCGAGAGAAGGCGCCAUAUUAAUAUUUUUACCUGGUAUUGGUGAAAUUAUGUCCUUAUAUGACCAGUUAGUUGAAAGUCAUACAUUUAGCCCAAAAACAGGUAAAUAUGUUCUCGUGCCGCUUCAUUCAACAUUGUCCAGUGAAGAACAGUCAUUAGUAUUUAAGAAGCCUAAGCCCGGUGCGAGGAAGAUUGUGCUAUCUACGAAUAUAGCGGAAACCUCCGUUACAAUAGAUGACUGUGUCUUUGUUGUGGAUUGUGGACGGAUGAAGGAAAAGAGGUUCGAUUCAAACCGCAAUAUGGAGUCUCUAGACUUAGUGUGGGUAUCCCGAGCUAACGCUAAACAACGUAAAGGGCGAGCGGGGCGAGUAAUGCCGGGUGUUUGUAUACACUUAUUCACCUCGCACAGAUAUCAAUAUCAUCUAUUAGAACAACCUGUACCAGAAAUCCAUCGAGUACCCUUGGAACAAUUGAUUUUGAAACUUAAGAUACUACCAUUGUUUCAAGCUAUGAGUGUGCAUGAUGUUUUAGGUAAAACAAUAGAGCCACCACUGAAAUCCAACAUAGACGGUGCACUCACCAGGCUACAAGAUGUAGGGGCGUUAGACAAGGCUUUCUCUUUGACCGCACUCGGACGCCAUCUUGCGGAGCUUCCGGUGGACGUGCGGAUAGGGAAGUUGAUGUUGUUUGGUGCCAUCUUCUGUUGUGUCGACUCUGCCUUGACCAUGGCAGCGUUUCUAAGUCAUAAGAGCCCGUUUGUUGCGCCUUUUGGCAAGAAGUCUGAAGCUGACGCAAAAAGGAGAGAAUUUGCCUGCGCCAAUAGUGACCAGUUAACAACUUUAAGAGCUUAUAGGAAAUGGCAAGAGAGAUUAAAAUCAAGUACACACGCGGCUUUAGUAUUUGCAAAUGAACACUUCCUCUCACACAAAACGUUAAUGAUGUUAGCGGACAUCAAACACCAGUUGCUGGGCUUACUCGCUUCGAUAGGGUUCGUACCCGCCAUGCCUUCUUUGAGGAAGAAAAUGAGGAAAGACUCUGUUGCUGCCCUAACUGGUGACGAGUUGAAUUUAAAUGGAAAUAAUGAUAAGUUAUUGGCAGCCAUCUUGUGUGCAGCGCUAUAUCCAAAUGUUGUUAAGGUAUUAACCCCAGAGAAAUCAUUCCACAUGCAAGCCGGAGGAGCGAUACCAAGGCAACCAACACCAGAUGAACUAAAAUUCAAGACUAAAUCGGAUGGCUAUGUAGCAUUACAUCCCUCCUCGGUGAACUCCACAAUAGGCCACUACACCAGCCCCUACCUGGUGUACCAGGAGAAGGUGAAAACGUCCAGGGUGUUCAUUCGGGAAUGUUCCAUGGUGCCGCAGUUGCCGUUGGUACUGUUUUCAGGUUGUACGCUAGCGGUCGAGCUACAUAACGGCAGGUUCAUAGUGUCGUUGGAAGAUGGAUGGAUUAUGUUCCAAGUUGAGAAACAUGAGGUGGCUGAAAUGCUAAAAACAAUUCGAGUGGAACUUAUUAAUCUUCUAGAAGAGAAAAUAAACGAUCCCUCCCUAAAUCUGCUCCACUAUGAGAAAGGGAAUAGGAUAAUUAAAACAAUUGUUCAAAUAAUAACUAAAGAU